UGGAGUUGGCUAGGGCUCCAUCUAGGGAUGUUUCCGGCCCGCCCUCAUUCAGCUGCAAGAAACAAGACGUGUUCGGGGUGUCAGCGGGAGGUCGAUGUUCCGCAGCGCUACGACAAACCUCGAGGGCGGCUGAAGGAGCCCACGCCAAUGGAUCGGGUCUAGAUGGCUCCCGUUUCGUCCUACCCAAGAUCGCGCCACCGAACACCGGUCUCGAACCCGAGCCUCAGCCCAGCGACUGAGUGUCCUGUGCUAUUAUGCUUUUUUAUGCCUGGAUAUGGCAAAGCUUGGUGUUGGGUGCUUUGCCACCCCUCCGUGCCCAACCUAUCAUGGAUUCCACCCCGUCCCUCAGUUCGCUUUCAUGCUGCUCGUACAUACAAAUACAAUUCGGCAGCUGGAGCUUGCGGCAUCAGGCCUGCUAAUUCGAUCUGCAUCUGCCUUCCCUCACAUACCAAUUCGUCACUUGUUGACCGGGUUCCGACCUACUAACAUACUUCUGGGACGCUUCUUCGGGAAAGCC